AUGAAAGGAGAUAAUAAAAAGCAGAUCUUUGAGGAAGCUUUACUCAAAGAAAUCGAAAUUUUAUGCAAAAAUUAUUCUCCCUUGAGAUCUAAAAAUUUGAAAUGGGAGUGCGAAGGCUGUAGAGGGUAUUUACUAGACAAAAAAUUCAUAAAAAGGAAGCAAGUUAAGCUGCUUAUUGAUGAUUAUGGCUGCAUGUUUGUAGAAAUAGCAGCUUUUACCACACAAACCUACAAAGUGUCAGACCUCCUUGAAAAAUCUGUUAUACGAAUGAAUAAUAACAUUUUUCAAGGUCUCAAAUCGAUUUGAUCAUACAUAAACCCUAGCCAAGGCAAGUUACUUUCAAAAAAUUCUUAUUCCAAACUGCAGCAAAUAUUUGCAGAUGCCUUAUACUCUCGCUACAACGCGAAAAACCUCCAGAUUGACCUUUCUGUUGAUUUUGGAAAGGAUUCAGGAAUCGUUUUUCAAGAAUUUUAUGAUUCUUUUUUUGAAAUGCUAAACAGUGCUAUAUCUAGCAAAGACGUUAAAGCUUACUCUGACCGAUUAAAUGAAAUUUUACUUUUAUUGUUUAAUAAAAGCACACCUUUUCUUAUGAAAAAUAGGCUUUCUAGAACUCCUGAUCCAAGGCCUUCAUAUUCUCCAUGGAUGCUGAGGAACUAUCCUCAUUAUCCACCAACACCAACCCUAUUGUAUACAAGACCAAGUUCAAGACUUGUUGCAUCAUUUAGGGCUGAAUUGAGUCCUUGUAGGUCAACGUUUUAUAGCUAA